AUGAUGUCAUGUCUACAUACUGUGAUAGUCGCUAAUACAAACAAGCUUCAACACCCAGGUGGUCAGUUCGGCGGGGUCUCAAACAAGUCAACUACUGAUGCUAUUCUCACGUUCACACACGACAUCGAAGCGGCAUGGAAUAACAACAAAGUGACCUCCGCACUCACUUUCGAUAUCAAGGGGUACUUUGACUACGUUAAUCAUGAUCGACUCCUACACGAGAUGAGACGGAAAGGAAUCCCACUCCAAUACGUACGCUGGACAGCAUCAUUCCUUGAGGAACGCGAAGCAGCAGUAUGCAUCGACGGAACCCGCGGAGAGAUGAAGCCAGUUGAGAACGGCAUACCACAAGGGUCACCAACUUCCCCCAUCCUCGCCGCAUUCUACAGCAGCUUCCUCCUGGAGCUCUUUGAAGAACAACAAAAACAACAUCAAGGGAUUCCGGGCGAAGACACUACAUGCACACCGGUUAUGCUCAUCAUGUACGUUGAUGAUGGCAAACUCUAUGUCUCAUCGGAAUCGUUGGAGACAAACGCACCUCAGUUACCACCGCCAUCACCCGGUUGCACCCCCGCGGGGGUCCUCCUGGGUACCCUCAGACGUAGCUCUGAGGGUACCUAA